AUGGCUCAAGAGCUCAAGGCAAAGGCCAACGAGCUCUACAAGGAGGGGGAUUAUACAGGCGCCGAAGACUUCUAUUCCCAAGCGAUCGCAAAGAACCCUAAAGACCCUAGCUUCUUCACAAACCGCGCAAUCACCCGAAUACACCUUACGAAAUGGGCAGAUGUGGAACAUGACGCGCGCAGCGCAAUCACCCUCCACGGCGCGAAGAACCCUCUCGCCCUGAAAAGCAGCUAUUAUCUCGCCCAGGCACUGCUCGGCCUCCAGCGCCCACAGGAAGCCUACGAUGUUGCAUCUGACGCGUACAAGCAGAGUCUCGCGGUGAAGAAUGCCCAGACGGAAAACUUGUCGCACACUGUGUUGCGCGCUAAGCAGGCUAUCUGGGCGGCGAGGGAGACUGGGCGGUUGAGAGAGAUGAAUGCGACGCUUGGGGCUGUGGAGGCGCUUAUCGAGGCUGAUGUGAAGAGGGCGCUGGAGGAGUUGGAGGGGAAAUUGGAGAGAGGCGAGAUUGGAGAGAUUGGAUUUGGAGAGGAUCGGGAUGCUUUGAGGGUUGAUGCGGAGACGAAUGUGCGGAAUGUUCGAGAGGCUUUUGCGCUUUCUUCGAAGGGGGAGGUUCAGGAGAGGGUUGUGCCUGACUAUCUCAUCGAUGGGAUUACCUUUGAGAUCAUGCAUGAUCCAGUCAUCACGCCUUCUGGAACUAGCUUUGAUCGCAUUGGCAUCUCGAAAUACGUGGAGAAGUCGGGGGUUGAUCCUCUGACGCGUGCGCCUAUGACUGUCCGCGACUUGCGCAACAAUUAUGCCCUCAAGGCUGCUUGCGAGGAGUUCUUGACGAACAAUGGAUGGGCGGUUGACUGGUGA